AUGUAUAUCAAGCAGCUCAUUAUCCAGGGCUUCAAGAGCUACAAGGACCAGACGGUCAUGGAACCCUUCUCGCCCGGCACCAAUGUCAUUGUCGGUCGCAACGGUUCGGGCAAGAGCAACUUCUUUGCCGCCAUUCGUUUUGUUCUCGGUGACGCCUACACACAGUUGAGCCGCGAGGAGCGCCAGGCCCUCUUGCACGAGGGUUCGGGCUCUGCCGUCCUCUCCGCCUACGUGGAGAUCAUCUUCGACAACAGCGACAACCGUUUCCAGACGAACAAUAGAGAGGUGUCGCUCCGCCGGACCAUCAGCCUGCGGAAAGACGAGUAUGCCGUGGACAAAAAGGUGUCGACGCGGAGCGAGGUCAUGAGCAUGCUCGACACGGCUGGUUUCUCGCUGAAGAACUCGUACUACAUUGUCCCCCAGGGCCGUGUCACGGCCCUGACCAACAUGAAGGAGUCCGAUCGCCUCAAGUUGCUCAAGGAGGUCGCCGGUACCGAGAGUUACGAGGCCCGGCGUGCCGAGUCGCUCAAGAUUAUGGGUGAGACGGAGAACAAGAGAGCCAAGAUCGACGAGCUUUUGGAGUAUAUCCGGUCGCGGAUGAGCGAGCUCGAGGAAGAGAAGGAAGAGCUGCGCGGUUUUCAGGAGAAGGAUCGUGAACGGCGGUGCCUGGAGUACGCGUUCCACCACCACCACCAGGUCGCUUUGACAGAAGCGCUAGAGGAGAUUGACCGUUCGCGCCAGGACGGCGCCGACAACUCCGGCGCGAGCCAGAAGCUGUUCCUCGACGGCGAAAACGCCAUUCUGCGGAUCGACAGUGAGCUCCAAGAGCUGCAGCGGUCCGUGGACAUCCUCAACAUGGAUCGCCAAGAGUUUGAAUCGGAAUGCAGAGACAUUUCUCGCAGCAAAGCCAAGGCGGAGCUCAAGGUGAAGAGCCUUGCCGACAGCCAGAACGCUGUCGACCGCGCGAGGCAGCAGCACGACGCCGAGCUCAAGGCUGUGCGCGCCGAGAUUGCCGCCAAGGAGAGCCAGCUGGCUCGCAUUCUCCCGGAUCUCGAGAAGCGCAGAGCCGCCGAGGCCGAGGGUCGCCAGGCGCUCCAGUCCCUGGACGCCCGCCGCCAGCGCCUCCUGAACAAGCAGUCGCAAGGUGAUCGCUUCAAGAACAAGUCGGAGCGUGAUCGGUGGAUUGAUAGCCAGCUUACGGAGCUGAACAGCACCCUGGCCGCCCUGCGGGCCAACCGUGUGUCAGCUGCCGAAGAGACGGAGGAGGCGAAGCGCCUGAUUCAGUCGCUCGAAGCCGAGAUCGAGGAUCUGUGGAAGGGCAUUGAGAGCUUCGGUUCCGACCGCACCGCGCUUGCCGACAAGCUAUCCAAGGCACAGGACAAAGUGCAGAAACUCGACGACGAACGGAGGGCCUUGCGUCGCGAAGACGACAAGCUCAACACACAUAUAUCAAACGCCCGGCAGGAGAGAGACAAGGCCAGCCGCACACUCAGCAACAUGAUGGACAACGCAACAGCAAGGGGCCUGGCCACCAUUGAGCGCAUGAAGCGCGAGAAGGACAUUCCAGGUGCCUAUGGUAUGCUGGCAGACCUGAUGGAGGUCAACGAGGCGUACCGUAUCCCCGCAGAGGUCAUUGCUGGCAACAGCCUGUUCCAUUAUGUUGUCGACAACGAGGAGACGAGUACCCUCCUGUCCAAUGCCCUGUACCGUCAGCAGGGUGGCCGCAUCACAUUUAUUCCUCUUGAGCAGCUGCGCCCACGGCAGGCCAACUUCCCGCAGGGCGCCAAGGAUGCUCUCCCCCUGGUCGACAAGAUUCAGUUUGACAAGAAGUUUGAAAAGGCCUUCCAGCACGUGUUUGGCAGUACCGUUGUCUGUCCGACGGUGUCAGUGGCCGCCCAGUACGGCCGCAGCCACGGUGUGGACGGCAUCACGCCUGAGGGUGACACGACGAAGCGCACGGGUACGAUGACCGGCGGCUACGUGGACCCAUCUCGGUCGCGUCUCGAAGCUAUCCGUUCCAUGAACAAGUGGCGCGGCGAACACGACAGCCUCGUGGCGCAAGCCGACGACGUGAAGCGGCAGAUGGACCGGAAGGAGCAGGAGGUUACCAGCGCCCGCGGCGAAGAGCAAAAGAUUCUUCACCAGAUGCGGCAGCUCGAGGAAGGCUUCGGGCCUAGUCGUGCGGAGCUCAGCGCCAAGAGAGCGCAGCUCGAGCGGGAGCGAGCGCGCCAGGAUACGCUGAGCAACCGCUACGAAAACAUCAACAAGAGCAUGGAAGAGUACGCGACGUCGCUCGAGUCGCACGAGGCCGAGCGCAAAUCCGAGUUCAAAAAGGCCCUUUCGGCGGCCGAAGAGCAGCAGCUCGACCACCUUAACAACGAGGUCCAGGCGCUGCAGCGGCAGGUGAACGAGGCGACCAGCCGGCGCCGCGAGAUUGAGGGCCAGAAGCAGAUUCUGGACGUUGACCUCCGUCAGAACCUUCGCAUGAAGGAGGACCAGCUCACAAGCCAGGUGUUUGAGACCAUGACGUCGGUGGGCGGCGACGGCAACUACGCCGAGGCGCAAAAGGAGCUCAAGAAGCUGCAGAAACGGCUCGACGAGAAGGAGACGCGGCUGCGCGAGACACUCAACGAGAUGGACGAGCAGCAGGCGGAGAUUAGCGAUCUACAGGCGAACAAGGUCGAACUGGAGCGGAAGCAGCAGGAGAUUGCGACCACCCUGGAGAAGAGCCAGAAGCGGAUGGAGAAGAGCCUGCAGCGGCGGGCACUUCUGACGCAGCAGCUGGCCGAGGCCGCCAAGAACAUUCGCGAGCUCGGUGUGCUUCCCGAGGAGGCGUUUGAGAAGUACGAGCGGAUGGACCCGUCCAAGAUCUCGAAACGCCUCAAGACCGUCCUCGAAGCGCUCAAGAAAUACCGGCACGUCAACAAGAAGGCGUUUGAGCAGUACAACAGCUUCACCAACCAGCAGGAGCAGCUGCUCAAGCGGCGUGAAGAGCUUGAUGCGUCGCAGGCCUCCAUUGAGGAGCUCGUGGCACAUCUUGACCGCGUCAAGGACGAGUCUAUUGAGCGGACAUUCAAGCAGAUCUCCAAGGAGUUUGCCACCAUCUUUGAGCGGCUGGUGCCGGCCGGUCACGGCCGUUUGGUGAUCCAGCGGCGAGACGGCCGGCAACAGGAGGAGAACGGCGACGAUGAGGACGACGAAGCGGCCGGCGGGUCGUCGGCGCUGCGGAGGCAGCGCCGCAGCGUCGAAAGCUACACGGGCGUGGGCAUCAGCGUGUCGUUCAACUCGAAGCACAUGGACGAGCAGCAAAAGGUGCAGCAGCUGAGUGGCGGCCAGAAGAGUCUGUGCGCGCUGUGCCUGGUGUUUGCGAUCCAGCAGACAGAUCCCAGCCCCAUGGUGGUCUUUGACGAGGUCGACGCAAACCUGGACGCGCAGUACCGCACGGCCGUGGCGAGCUUGCUGUCCUCCAUUUCCAAGGAUGCAGGCACGCAGUUCAUCUGCACGACCUUCCGACCGGAGAUUGUGCAGGUGGCCGACAAGUGCUACGGUGUGACGUUUACCAAUAAGACGAGCUCGAUUGGGUGCGUGGCUACAGAGGAGGCGCUGAACUUUGUGGACGGUCAGAAGCAGUAA